AAAUGGCGCUUCUGUGUCGAACUUGCGGGGAGCAUGCAGUAAAUCCAAGGAAACUCUUUGACGAGAAUGGAAACGACAUAUUGAACGACAUCCUCAAACUGACAGGCAUCUGGCUUACUAACAGGGUAGGAUUUCCAUCACAUAUAUGCGCCUCCUGUCUGCAACAGUCAAAUGAAGCCAUGGCAUUCAGAGAUCUUUGUAUAAGGACAAACAACCUUUGGUACGAAACACACGAUGCUGAUUUCAAAAGGGCUGAUGACGCAGUGCACAUGGACCCCUUAAUUAGUAACGAUAAAGCACCGAAGCCAGAUGAAACUAAGGAAUAUUUCACAGUGGAAAUUGAAACUCUGUGUGAGGAAUUAAAGCCAGCAAGUCCUUUGAGCCAUCAUGGUAAAUCAGAUGCAUUUUACAAGAAAGUUUCGUCGUGUCGUCAGCGGAAUCCAUCAAAUAUGCUCAAAAGAGCCGUGAAAGAACAAUCUGAGAAAAUAGAUAAUAAUGGAGAGUUUCAUGAUGAGCUUUUGGACUUCGACCCCCUGAUAAAUGAGGAUGCUGAGCUUGUCCUUGACGAGGAAGAUCAUGAUGAAGACAAAGUUAGUAAAAGGCCUUUGUCAAGUCGUAAGUCACGGUUAGAUUCGUGCUCUGUUCCUAAGAAAGGGGUAUUUCGUGGAUCCAGAAAAUCAGAUGUUGAUCCAGUUAUAAAACCUGAAAAGAAUAUUGCCAAGAAGCGAUAUAGAAGAGCCAUUGGUGGUUUUUGCUGCGACCAAUGCGGGAAAUGGUUCAAAGAUAAAAGCAAUCUUAAUGUACAUUUGACGCGCCACACAGGCGUCAAGCAGUUUGAAUGUGAGGAGUGUGGUCGCAAGGAGUUUACUAUGCACCUUUUGAGCCUGCACAUACGAGUAAAACAUAAAGGAGAGCUGCCGUACACUUGCAAGUACUGUGGACAGCGCUUUGACAACUGCAUAAAACGUUUAAGGCAUGAAAGGCAACACAAAGAGUGCCCAGAUAUCCGACCUCACGUCUGCCAUGUUUGCGGAAAAGCCUUUCAACUUAAGAGAGCCUUGAGGAUGCAUGAGAUCGUACACACUGGGGAACAGCCGUUCCACUGCGAGACCUGCGACGUAUACUUCAACCGCAAAUCCAGCUUACAGACCCACAACCGUUCGAAGUUGCAUAUUAAAAAAGUUGGUCAGGAUCAGAACAAAAUUCAGAUAGAUGUCGUUACGGACGAGGAUACGUAAUGCAACAAGUAGUUAAUAAAGUAUCCGUGAUCCGUGUGUGGGGUGAAACAUUUAAAACAUGUUGAAACAUUCGCGCUUAAAUAAAUUGCCGUUUAGAUAGAUAUCAAAACAAAACCAAAAGCCAAAACCA